GCUUGGCCAUCCCAAUUUUAACUUACUUUUGAGACAGGAAAUAAACAGGAAAGUGAUGGUUUUCAGUAUGAAGUUACUAAUUAUGACUGUGCUAUUUUACUAUGGGUGCUGUGAGGACACGGUGACUGUGAGGGAGCCCCCCGCGCGCCCCGGGCCCCCCGCCAACAGGAUCGUCAGGGGACACCCCACCACCGUCAAGACAUACCCUUACAUGGCGUAUUUAAGUUCAUUUUAUACGAUGCGUGGUCAGAAGCGGCUGCUGGGUAACUUUGGGGGCGUGAUACUCACACAGCACCACGUGCUCACCGCUGCGCACUGCUUAAUUGUAAAAAUCAAUGACACUACAGCUGCUACUGGCACUACCAUCUUGAGGGCAUCUGAAGUUGUCAUUCGCGUCGGAUCUACCUACAAAGACCGCGGAGGCUCAGAGCAUGCGACGUCCAAGACCGUGGUCCACGAGGACUACCAACAUUCGAUGGGUUUCGACAACGACGUGGCAGUGUUGGUGCUGCCGACCAGUGUGAGCAACUACCGGAGCAGCUCGGUGCAGCCAGCCGUCAUCCCCCCGGGGGGGUAUGUGGUCCCGGACAACGCGUCUGUGGUAGCUGUCGGGUGGGGACUGACUGAUAUGAACUGCAACAACUCAACCCCCCUCGGCCUGCGGCGCGUGGGGCUGCGCACGGUGGACCGAGACACCUGCGCCGCGCGGUGGGGGCAGGAGGUCCCAGAACUCCCCGACUCCAUGCUCUGCGCGGGGCUGCUUGGUGCUGGAGGAGCCGGUAUCUGUAUGGGUGACUCCGGUGGUCCCCUGGUGUACAACGGGGUGGUGGUGGGAGUGGCCUCGUUUGUUAUGACAUGCGACGAUUCCUUCUACCCUCAAGUAUUCAUGCGCGUCUCUAGCUACACCGACUGGAUCAACAACACUGUAAGUCAAAACCAGGUUGUGGUUGUGCACAAGAACAGUCACAACACCGCCGUGGCAGCUGACGUCACCAGGUUGAUGCUACUCGCCUUCGCAACGUCAAUUUGGAUAAUGUAUUCCGAAUUCUCAUUAUUUUUUUAAGUAGGAGUAAGUACGUACCGAUGUACAUACCACGGUAUAAUAAUAAAAAAAAAUAUAUAUUAUUUAUUUAACUCUUCGUUGUACAAAUAUUACAAACAUUACAUUGUACAAUUUUAUAAGAUUUUAAUUAAAACAUAAUCAUUUAUAAUUUGUUUGACAGCCAACUUCUACCAUGUAUUUCUGUUUCGAUGGUAAGGCCCCAAAACUUUAGUUAAAUUAGGAGAUGCGUGGUCAGAGGCUGCUGGGGGGUUACUGUGGGGGCGUGAUACUCACACAGCACCACGUGCUCACCGCUGCACACUGCUUAUUUCGAAUAAUCAAUGACACUACCAUCUUGAGGGCAUCUAAAGUUGUCAUUCGCGUCGGAUCCACCUAAUGACCGCGGAGGCUCAAAGCAUGAGACGUCCAAUACCUUGGUCCACGAGGAUUACAAAUAUUCGGAGAGUAAAGACAACGACGUUGCAGUGUUGGUGCUGUCGACCAGUGUGAGCAACUACCGGAGCAGCUCGGUGCAGCCAGCCGCCAUCCCCCCGGGGGGGUAUGUGGUCCCGGACAACGCGUCUGUGGUAGCUGUCGGGUGGGGACGG